AUGGACGAAGAAUUAACACAAAAACAGAAAAAAUACGAAGAUGAUCCGUUUGAUAGAAACUUAAAGAAUGAAAUGUUUGUCACAGAAUCAAAGAGACGAAUGAUUACAAACGAAGUAACAGUAGAGGAUAUUGUUCGCGAACGAAGUAUCAAUUUAUUCAAGAAUAAAUGUCGGAUUUUUCGUAUACCACCUGAUUUUCGAGAGUUUAUUAGCAAGCAGUAG